AGUUGGCCUAACCACAGAAAUGAAGCAGUGACAUGAAAACCAACAUAUAUAAAUUCCAUUGGACCUAAUCAAGAUAGAUAUGUAAACACCAUUCAAUGUAUCAGAAUACUUUUGAGAACACCAAGUUUGUGCAUCUUUUGGCUAAUCCAUCAAUACCCUACAUACUUUACCAAGUAGAAAAUAUGAUUCUGGGGUAAAAAGAAUGCCAACAUGACCCACAUCAUCAAGGAAGAGGAAAUAGAUACUUUAUACCAAGUAGAAACUAUGAUUAUGGGGUAAAAAGAAUACCAACAUGACCCACAUCAGGAGGAAAAAAAUGAAAAGAGAAAAAGCUAAACAAGUAGCCUCACGAGUAGGACAUGAAUCAGAUGCAUAGCCUAUUAUCAAAGAUAAGCACAUAUCCUUUUCCUCCCAAAUUGGGUGUUCCAUUAGUAAGGCAAACCACACGUGGGCACAAGAUUCUCGUAGUGGGCAAGGUCAUGAACGUGCAAAAUGUACACAGAUUGUACCCUCACAAAAUACGUGGAGAUUCUAAGAAUUGAACAUGUUAUCUCUAAGUUGCACCUCUACAACUCUAUCACUGGGUAACAUGUUUCAUUAGUGCAUACUAAAUAUUCAAAUGCCAACACUCCUCGACCACGAAUCAUAUGCAUAGCUAAUAACUAAAGAUAGGCACAUAUCCUCCCUCCAACGUAUAUUACACUCUCAAGGUAAUUAUAUCCAAAGCAUCCACACACCAUAAAAAGUCAAAGGAACACCAGCUGCAGUUACACCACAGACAAACAGAAAAUCAAAUAUGGCACACCUGCAGCCAUGUACCAGCCUGCAAGCAUGUUUAAGAGAAAUGAAAAACAUCAUCACCCAUCCACAGCAGGUUGAAAAAGGCAUUUUCGAGGGAGAAAUAGUGAUCAUCCAAAGUCCCAAAGAAUCAGGGCCUGGAAAAUCAGCAUCUGUUCAGAUUUAUAGUAGCACCAAAGUUGAACCAAAUACUGGCAUAGGAAAGUUGAGCAGAAAGGCAUACCUCAAACAUGGAAAAAGCAGCAAACAUGACAGCAUGAAAAUCACAAAAUACAAGAUCGCAUUCCAUGUCGACCAAGAUUUUGGAAUUCCAGGAGCCCUUCUCAUUACAAACCAACAUAAGCACAAGUUCUUCCUAAAAUCUGCUAGUCUGGAAGUUUUUGACAAUCAGACCAUCCAUUUUGACUGCAGGUCUUGGGUGUACCCAUUUAAACAGACAAAAGCAGAUCGUAUUUUCUUCUCGAACACGAGCUACCUUCCGAGCAAAACACCUAGUGCCUUGGUUGAGUUGAGGGAGAAAGAACUCAAAAGCUUGAGGGGAGAUGGAACUGGAGAGCGAAAGGAAUGGGAUCGAAUCUAUGAUUAUGACUAUUACAAUGACCUUGGCAAUCCUGAUAAAGGAAUAGGAUACAUAAGACCAGUCCUGGGUGGAACUGAAUCACAUCCAUAUCCUCGUAGGGGACGGACUGGUCGCCCUCCUUGCAAACAAGAUUCUUCAACAGAGAGCCAGCCAGAAACCAUCAAUUUCGAUAUAUAUGUCCCUCCAGACGAGAGAUUCAGCCCCAAGAAACUAUCAGAGUUCAUAUCAAAUUCAAUCCAAUCGACUGUACACUUCCUUAUUCCUGAGGCAAAAGCACUAGAACAAAAUUCUAGCAGUUUUGAAUCAUUUGAUGAGAUACUGGGAUUAUUUUCUAGCAACAGAAACCAAACAGUGGAGGGGUGGAUGAAAGAGAAAUUAAAGAAACUGGUACCAGAUGAACUUUUCAGAGAAAUUGUGCAUGCAAGCGAAAAAAAACCCAUGGAAUUCCCAUUGCCUCAAAUUCUGGCAGAGAACGAAUUUGCAUGGAAGGAGGACGAAGAGUUUGGGCACCAACUGCUUGCUGGAGUCAAUCCAACAAGAAUACGAUGCAUGGAGAAAUUCCCACCACAAAGCAAAAAUGGAGUCAUGAGUUCAGUAAGGCAAUCAGACAUAGAGCACAACCUUGAUGGCAUGACCCUUAAGGAGGUAAUGAACCAAUGGAGGUUAUUCAUCUUGGAUCACCAUGACUAUCUCAUGCCUUUUAUUAGCAGAAUAAACUCAAAGGGUGUUUGUGCUUAUGCAUCACGGACAUUUUUCUUUCUAAGAAAUGACGCCUCUCUAAAGCCACUAGCAAUAGAAUUAAGCUUGCCUGGCUCCCCAAACACCACUGAGAACAUCAGUACUAGGGUGUUUCUUCCAGCAAGUUCGGGCACUGAAGCAGCAUUGUGGCAGCUAGCUAAAGCUCAUGUUGCAGCUAAUGACUCAGUUUACCAUCAACUGAUAAGCCACUGGUUGCAUACUCAUGCAGUAGUCGAGCCAUUCAUUAUUGCCACCAGAAGGCAAUUGAGUGCUAUGCACCCAAUCCACCGGCUAUUAGAUCCUCAUUUCAAAGACACUAUGCACAUAAAUGCAUUGGCUCGUACUAUCCUCAUAAAAUCUGGAGGAAUUUUUGAGAAAACAUUAUUUUCUGGUGAAAUCUCUAUGGAGUUGUCUUCUGAGCUCUACAAGGAGUGGAGAUUUGAUGAACAAGCUCUGCCAGCUGAUCUUCUGAAAAGGCGUAUGGCCUUCAAAGAUCCAAGCAAUCCAACAGGGGCCCAGAUUAUCUUCCAAGACUACCCAUAUGGUUUAGAUGGCAUUGAAAUAUGGCAGGCCAUUAAGACAUGGGUCACCGAUUUUUGCUCAAUUUUUUACAAAGACGAAGAUUCUGUGAGGAAUGAUCUAGAAAUCCAAGCCUGGUGGUCAGAAAUUCGAAACAAGGGACAUGGAGAUAAGUGCAAUGAGAACUGGUGGUGUGAAAUGACAACUCUGGAGAAUCUCAUAGAGGCUCUAACAACCAUUAUAUGGAUUGCAUCAGCUCUUCAUGCCUCUGUGAAUUUUGGGCAAUAUGCACAUUCUGGCUACCCUCCAAAUCGUCCUUCACUGUGUCGAAAAUUCAUUCCAAUGGAAGGGACAAAAGAAUUCGCAGAGUUCCUAAGGGAUCCAGAAAAGUACUAUUUUGAAAUGUUGCCCCAAAGAUUUGAGAUGACCCUUGGUAUAGUACUAGCAGAGGUUCUAUCAAGGCACACAUCUGAUGAAGAGUAUCUUGGCCAGAGGCCAUCAUCCGAGUGGACAGACAAUAAAGAAGUCCAGGAAAAAUUCCAGAACUUCAACGCAAAUCUCCAAGAGAUAGAGAAGAAAAUCCGUGAGACCAAUAGAAGUCAACAACUUAGGAACAGGUGGGGUCCAGCCAAAAUUCCAUACAAAUUUCUUUACCCAGAUACAUCUGAUGUUAGAUCUAAGGGAGGCCUCACAGGGCAAGGGAUACCCAACAGCAUAUCAACUUAGCGUAAAAUCAUUGUAAUGCCGACUGUAUAUUCAAGACAAAAUCUAUGAUGUAGUAUAUGUCUAAACAAACUUUUCCUCUUUACAAAUGAUCUCCAUUACUGAAACUUAAUCAUACUACAAUAUCCCCGACAUGUUUUACAACCUUUGCAUCAAAUGGCACAACUUACAUCCAAUACUCAGCAUAUUACAUAGUGCAUAUCCAAUUUACAAAUAUUCCAUUUAAAUUGGAUGUCAACUUUUCUUUUUCUAACAGUUACAGGCAGCUGCCACUGACACCCAAAAAAA